UCUAUGGUAGAACAUCGGCGUCUUCGUCCUUUCAUCUCAGUUUUACUAAAUUGUUAUUUACGAUUUUAAAAAUGAUAUUUUGGAAAAGCCAAUAUUGGUAGCUUAAAUUUUGUCUUUAUAUUGAAGCAAACAGCAUUUAGCGUUGAUCGCUCACGGUUUUUAUGUACUCUUAGCAAGAUGGCUGAUAUAAAGACUAUGUUUAACAAGAUGAAUACCCAGAAUGGCACAGUGGAGGCUGCGCCUCCUGCCAAAGGACAAAAGGCUACGAUUGAGAAGAUCUACCAAAAGAAAUCACAAUUGGAGCAUAUUCUGCUCCGACCUGACACAUACAUUGGGUCUGUUGAACGGGCCACAGAGACAAUGUGGGUGUAUGACAAGACAAAGGAAUGCAUGGUACAAAGGGAGCUCAAUUUUGUGCCAGGUUUAUACAAAAUAUAUGACGAAAUUUUAGUGAAUGCAGCUGAUAAUAAACAAAGAGACUCAAAAAUGGACGUAAUAAGAAUUGACAUAAAUCAAGAGUUGAACACAAUUUCAAUAUAUAAUAACGGCUGCGGCAUUCCUGUGGUAAUGCAUAAGGAAGAGAAAAUGUAUGUGCCCACCAUGAUUUUUGGACAUUUAUUAACCUCAUCAAACUACAAUGAUGAAGAGGAAAAAGUGACGGGAGGAAGAAAUGGUUACGGUGCCAAACUUUGUAACAUUUUCUCAACUAAGUUUACAGUUGAAACUGCCUCUAAACAAUAUAAAAAACAUUUUAAGCAAACCUGGGGAUCCAACAUGACGAAAGCUUCAGAACCGAAGGUUAAGGAAGCAGGAAAAGAUGACGAUUUUACAAAAGUGACAUUUAGCCCAGAUUUGGCUAAGUUUAAAAUGGAAAAACUUGAGGACGAUAUUGUCGCCUUGAUGAAGCGACGCGCGUACGACGUAGCAGCGUCCUCACAAGGCGUCAAAGUAUAUUUAAAUGGGGAACGUUUGAAAAUAAACAAAUUUAAGGACUAUGUAGAUUUAUACAUAAAAGGCAAGGAAGAUGAAAAUGGGCAACCAUUGAAAGUAGUAUAUGAGAAAGUAAACGACCGCUGGGAGGUCGCACUUACAUUAUCAGACAGUGGUUUUCAACAGGUUUCAUUUGUAAAUUCAAUAGCUACCACUAAAGGUGGCAAACAUAUUGAUACUGUAUCUGAUAGCGUUGUAAAGAGUCUUCAAGAAGUAUUAAAAAAGAAAAAUAAAGGAGGUGUGAAUAUCAAGCCUUCUCAAAUAAAAUAUCAUAUGUGGAUGUUCGUAAAUUGUCUCAUUGUAAACCCGACCUUUGACUCUCAAACAAAAGAGAACAUGACACUUCAAGCGAAAAGCUUUGGAUCGAAAUGUAAUUUCUCUGAGAAAUUUAUAACUGGUGUUAGCAAAUCUGGACUGGUGGAGUCUGUAUUGAAUUGGGCUAAAUUUAAGGCACAAACUGAACUGGUGAAGGCAUCAGGUAAGAAACAGAGUAAACUUAAAGGUAUACCCAAAUUAGAGGACGCAAACGACGCAGGUACGAGGAAUGCGCAUCUCUGCACCUUAAUUCUUACUGAGGGAGACUCAGCCAAAACUUUGGCUGUAUCUGGACUUAGUGUAGUAGGCAGGGAUCAUUAUGGAGUAUUCCCAUUGAAGGGUAAACCUUUAAACGUACGAGACGCGUCACACAAGCAGGUGCUUGAGAAUGUGGAAAUUAAUAACUUGAUAAAAAUCCUCGGGUUACAAUAUAAGAAAAAAUACAACUCGAUGGAUGACUUGAAGUCUUUGAGAUAUGGCAAAGUGAUGAUUAUGGCUGAUCAGGAUCAGGACGGUUCGCAUAUCAAAGGUUUGAUCAUCAAUUUCAUUCAUCAUAAUUGGCCCGAACUGCUCAAAUUGCCGUUUUUAGAGGAAUUCAUCACACCGAUUGUGAAAGCUACUAAGAAAGAUAAAGAGAUAUCAUUUUACUCUUUGCCUGAAUUUGAAGAAUGGAAGAAAGAUACAGACAACCAUCACACCUAUAAUAUCAAAUACUACAAAGGUUUGGGUACCUCCACAUCAAAGGAGGCUAAAGAAUACUUUCAGAAUAUGGAUAGGCAUAGAAUAAGGUUUAAGUACAGUGGUACGACUGAUGAUCACCAUAUUGAACUGGCAUUUUCAAAGAAGGGGGCAGACCAACGUAAGGAGUGGUUGACAAGUCACAUGGACGAAGUGAAGAGAAGAAAGGAGAUUGGUCUCCCGGAAAGAUAUUUAUACACAAAGGAAACUAAAGCUGUCACCUAUUCGGAUUUUGUAAAUUUGGAGUUGGUUCUCUUCUCCAAUGGUGACAAUGUGAGGUCGAUUCCUUCAAUGAUAGAUGGUUUGAAGCCUGGUCAACGGAAAGUGAUCUUUACGUGUAUAAAACGUAACGACAAACGCGAAGUUAAAGUGGCCCAGCUGGCGGGUUCCGUCGCCGAACAUUCUGCUUACCAUCACGGUGAACAAUCACUCGCAAUGACCAUCGUGAACUUGGCCCAGAACUACGUAGGUUCCAACAACAUCAACUUACUGCAGCCGCGCGGUCAGUUUGGUACUCGACUCAGCGGAGGCAAGGAUUCUGCGAGUCCUCGUUACAUUUUCACUCUUAUGUCGCAGCUCACAAGACUUAUAUUCCAUCCACAUGAUGAUCCGUUGCUGAUUCAUGAAUUUGAAGACAACCAGAAAAUUGAGCCGGUUCAUUAUAUACCCAUUAUCCCAAUGGUGUUGGUGAAUGGAGCUGAGGGUAUCGGUACAGGCUGGUCCACCAAGAUACCUAACUACAAUCCAAGGGAUAUUGUUGAAAAUAUACGUCGCAUGCUCGAUGGCGAGGAACCCAAGCCGAUGCAUCCCUGGUACAAAAACUUCCGCGGCACCAUUGAAGGGUUUGGCGAUAAAUACGUCAUAUCCGGCGAGGCCGCUGUAUUGCCCAAUGACAAAAUAGAAAUCACAGAACUUCCAAUUGGUACAUGGACACAGAAUUAUAAGGAGAAUGUUCUAGAACCUUUGCUGGGUACUGACAAAGUGAAGCCGCUCAUAUCGGAAUAUAGGGAAUACAACACAGAUACAACUGUCCGUUUUGUGGUAUCACUCCUGCCUGGAAAACUAUUUGAAGUGGAAUCUGAAGGCAUACAUAAAGUGUUCAAACUGCAGACCACCAUAUCUAUGACUUGCAUGAACGCGUUUGAUCACAACAACUGCUUAAACAAAUACGAGAAAGUAGAAGAGAUCCUGAGAGUGUUCUACGACAUCCGAUUAAGAUACUAUCUGCGCCGGAAGGAUUACUUGGAAGGUCAGCUACAAGCAGAGGCCGAUAAAUUGUCGAACCAAGCGCGGUUCAUCCUAGAGAAAUGCGACAAAGGCCUGGUUGUCGAGAACAAGAAGCGGAAGGCAAUGGUGGAAGAACUGAUUAAGAGAGGAUAUGCGCCGGACCCGAUUGCGGAGUGGAAGAAACGCGCUGCAAAGAUGCAGGGUUUAGAGAACGUAGCAGAUGAUGAGCCUGUGGAAUCUGAGGAAGAAGCUGAACCCGAAGAGAAAGGCAAACCAGUUGAUCCAGAAAAAGCAUUCCAGCAGUUGAAAGAAGUGAAAAAGUUCAACUAUCUGCUGGGUAUGUCCAUGUGGAUGCUUACCAGAGAGAAGAAAGAAGAACUGCUCAAACAGAGGGAUCAGAAACUUGCAGAACUCACUGCACUCAAAGCGAAGACCCCUCCGAUGCUGUGGCGCGAGGAUCUGGACGCUCUCCUGUUGAAGCUGGACGAGGUUGAGGAACAGGAGCGGCAGGAGGAGCUCGGUGUUAACAAGAAGACUUCCAAAGCACUGGCUGCCAAUAAGAAGAAUCGCAAGUCUCUAAUGGAUAUCAUACCAUCGGACAACGGCAGACGUAUAGAGCCCAAGAUAUCCGAGGACCUCAUAAAGAGAAUCCAAGCUGCUGAAAAGGCGAAGUCCAGGAAAGAACACAAAAAGGAGUAUGAUCCUGAUGAUCCAACAGGAAUAAGUCCAUCAAGUGGCGAGAAGAAGCCGAAAGCGCGGGUGAAGAAGGAGAAAGUGGAGAAACCGGAGAAGACUGAGAAAGCUGAUGGUAUGAAACAGACGAAGCUUAACUUCAAGAAGGAACCUAAGAAGAAGAAGACGUCGUUCAGCGGCAGCUCGGGCUCCGGGUCGGACUCGGAGACCGGCAGCCUGCCGCCGCCCGCGCCGCGCCCGCGACCACAGGCCCGCCGCGCCGCCGCCAACGUACAAAAAUAUAAGGAUGGUUCAGAAGACUCAUCGUCAGAUUCAGAUGUUGAGCUUCAUGAUAAUAAGGUGGGGUCCGACACGGAGGCUCCGCGGGCGUUAUCCAUCAGCGACGACGAUGAUGACUUCAAUGUUAGGAAGAAUGCUGACAAGAAACCCGCAGAAAUGGAUUCUGAUUGUCUAUUUGAUUCUCUAAUCGAAGACACAAAGAAAGAAGAAUCAGAGAAGCCUAAACAGAACCACAACUCGCAUGCCACGAGCGACGAUGAACCGAUGGUGGUAGACUCGCCUCCCAAGAAGAAGGCUGCACCGAAACGGAAGUUGCACACCGAGAAGGAACCCAAGAACACCAAGAAGAGGCCUGCCAAGACAGUGUUCAGCCAGGACAGCGACGAUGAUAGUAUAUUUGACAGUAAAAAGAACAAGAAGGCGAAUCCCCGCAAGAAAGUUAAGAAGGAGUGGAGUGACUCAGAGUCGGGCUCAGAGGCGGAGGCUGUGAAAGAUGUCGCACCUCGCGGAACAUCCGCCCGGCCGCGGGCCGCUCAGAAGUACAAGUUCAGUGACGGCUCAGAAUCCGGCUCCGACUAGACGCCACACCGGAAUAUGCCUGGAUUCAGUAUUUCAAUUUGAGUCGGAGCGGUGAUUGUUUAUAAAAGCGAGAGAGGCGCAGAUUCGGCUGACACGGUCGGAUCGUGAACUGUAAUAUAAUGCGUUAAUCACAUUCAGAAUUAUUUUUAUACAAAUUUAUCAGAUAACGUUAUGACUCAACGAAGUGUGAUCACGUGGUGGACUCGAUGUGUUGCCAGUGAUAUUUAAUUUGAAUUGUGACAAGCGUGUGUCGACUGUUUUUAAUGUCUGAGGGUAUCUGUGUGAUUACACGUUUGGAAGUGGUACAGCGGUUUCGUGUGGCAUAGUCAGUGUAGACUUGUUUUAAAUAUAAAAAAAACGUCAUUGAAACUGACUGUAGGCAAUGAAAUUAAGUUUUCCAACUAGCCAAUGAUAGGCAUAGUCAAAUUUCGAUAAAUACAUGAAUUAUCCAAGCGCAUAAUUUAUACAUUGUUUAUUUUAUUUCCCAUAUAAAUAUCAUAGCAGAUAUACAUAUAUGACAGUAAUAUAAUAAUUAUUUAUAUUUGAAAUUGUUUCAAGUAUAAUUUGUAUACAUCAAUGUGAGUUUUAUGAGAAUAGUACAAGUGUCUACUUGUACAGAGAUUAUGCAUCCGCCACCGGCUGUACCCGUAACGUGUGUCGAUCGCCUAAUAACCUCAAAAUAUAAUAGGCACAAUUACUGUUAAGUAAUAUUUAUACAUACGUAAGGUAGUUUAAAGUGAAGUGUUUGCGCGCGGCCGCUAGACAUGUUCGUAUGUAAGAUUUUCUGAAGUUUUGUUUUAGACUAAAAAUUUUCGACAAUUGUACAUAUAAUGAUCUUGAAAAUUUUCUAUUCUCCGCCUGUCUGUUCAACUAUUAUUAUUUUUAUUCAAUUAUAUUUAUUUCUUGAUUUAUUUUCGUACUAGACAUUUUGUUACUUGUGACUACUUGUGAUUUAACACUGCAUUAAUAUUAAAUUUGUAAAUGAAGACUCAAUAAUUGUAUACGUUUUCAUUAACACUGUGAGUGAACUCAAAUAUUGUUUUAUAUUGAAUCUCUUUGAAAAUGAUCUUUUAUUUCUAACUUAAAUUUACAGUUACUGAAAUACUUUAUGGUUAUAAAAGCGUAUUUCAAACACUACUAUUUAUAAUUCUUAUAAACACUCGAAUUGUAUUACUUUAUACAUAUAUAAAAAUAUACGACAAAUUUAGAAUCCCUAGACUGGUUGAAUUUGUUCGUAUAUAAUAUCAUAAAAGGUAUUCAGAUUUUGACUAAGUGCCAAGACUAUCAGUAUAAUAUUGUAUCGUACUUUCAAUAAAUUGUUUUAUACAUUCAAGAAUUAUUUUCUAUUAAUUAUUAUUAUGCACGGCUUUUAAAAUUGCUUAUGUUUUUCAUCUUAACAUAAUGAUAUAAUAUUCUUGUUUAUUGUUUUAUUAUUUAUGUCAUAAUUUAAUUAAUUUGUAUUAGAUUUAAAUCUCGGACAAUGUAUGUUGUGUGGUGUUAUUACUCACAGUAUGUCUUUUAUAUAUUUUUUGUUGUAAUUCAAUAAGUACUGUACAAUUUGUAUUGUCGCCGGCGUAUGUGUACAAAUUGAGAUAAUUUAAUGAAUAUUUUAUUAAAUUUAGUAUUACGUCAAUUAAUGUUUGGAGAAUUUUCUAAAAUUUUAUGAAAUGCGCGUGUGCGCACCGUAAUUUGUUAAUCUGUAAUUUGCGUUCGUAUUCUAUUAAUAUUUCGAUACAUGAAAUGUUAAUAUUACUAUUUGUAAAUAAAAGAACAAUUUAAAUA